GGAGGGUUUAAUCGUGCGGGCGAUUUUUGAUUAAAAUAUUCAAAAUGGCGGACGGAGGAGCAGCGAGUCAAGAUGAGAGUUCGUCGGCGGCGGCAGACUCAAGAAUGAAUACUCCGUCAGAAACCAAUAAACCUGUAAAAAUGGAGAGUGGGGAUGGGGACACGGGCACACAGACAAAUGGCCUGGACUUUCAGAAACAGACUGUACCUGCCGCAGGAGCAAUUUCUACAGCCCAGGCCUUCCUUGGACAUCUUCAUCAGGUUCAACUCCCUGGAUCAAGUUUACAAGCUGCAGCCCAGUCCCUAAAUAUUCAAUCUAAAUCUAAUGAAGAAUCUGGGGAAAGUCAGCAACCAAGCCAGCCUUCCCAGCAGCCUUCAGUUCAGGCGGCCAUACCCCAGACCCAGCUCAUGCUAGCCGGAGGACAGAUCACUGGGCUCACGUUAACACCAGCCCAGCAACAAUUAUUGCUACAACAGGCACAGGCACAGUUGCUGGCAGCUGCAGUGCAGCAUUCAGCCAGUCAGCAGCACAAUGCUGCAGGCGCCACCAUCUCAGCUUCUGCUGCAACGCCCAUGACACAGAUCCCUCUAUCUCAGCCCAUACAAAUUGCACAGGAUUUGCAGCAUCUGCAGCAGCUCCAACAACAGAAUCUCAACUUGCAACAGUUUGUGCUGGUGCAUCCUACAACCAACUUGCAACCAGCACAGUUCAUCAUCUCACAGACGCCGCAGGGGCAGCAGGGUCUCCUGCAAGCGCAGAAUCUCUUAACACAACUACCUCAGCAAAGCCAAGCCAACCUCCUGCAGUCUCAGCCAAGCAUCACUUUCACCUCUCAGCCAGCAACCCCAACACGCACAAUAGCAGCGACCCCUAUUCAGUCACUUCCACAGAACCAGUCAACACCAAAGCGAAUUGAUACUCCCAGCUUGGAAGAGCCCAGUGAUCUUGAGGAGCUUGAGCAAUUUGCCAAGACAUUCAAACAAAGACGGAUCAAACUUGGAUUCACUCAGGGUGAUGUUGGGCUCGCUAUGGGUAAGCUCUACGGAAAUGAUUUCAGUCAAACUACUAUCUCUCGCUUUGAAGCCUUGAACCUCAGCUUUAAGAACAUGUGCAAGUUAAAACCACUUCUGGAAAAGUGGCUCAAUGAUGCAGAAAACCUCUCAUCUGAUUCAGCUCUCUCCAACCCAAGUGCCCUGAAUUCCCCAGGGGUGGGGAUCGAGGGCUUGAACCGCAGGAGGAAGAAACGCACCAGCAUAGAGACCAACAUACGUGUGGCCUUAGAGAAGAGUUUCCUGGAGAACCAAAAGCCUACCUCGGAAGAGAUCACUAUGAUAGCUGACCAGCUAAACAUGGAGAAAGAGGUGAUCCGUGUUUGGUUCUGUAACCGGCGACAGAAGGAAAAAAGGAUCAACCCACCCAGCAGUGGUGGAACCAGCAGCUCACCCAUCAAAGCAAUGUUUCCUUGUCCAACUUCACUGUGUGCACACAGGCCUCUUACAGGAUUUGUCUUAAUUAAAUUCAUCAUUUCAGGCACCACAGAAACCAUCCCCAACAAUACAGCAACUGUGAUUUCUACAGCACCUCCUGCGUCCUCGGCAGUAACUUCACCUUCCCUGAGUCCCUCACCUUCUGCUUCUGCUUCCACUUCUGAGGCAUCCAGUGCCAGUGAGACCAGCACAACGCAGACAACUUCCACUCCCCUAUCCUCAGCAAUUGGAACCAGUCAGGUGAUGGUAACUGCUUCUGGGUUGCAAACUGCAGCAGCAGCUGCACUACAAGGAGCUGCACAGUUGCCUGCAAAUGCAAGUCUUGCUGCCAUGGCAGCUGCAGCAGGACUAAAUCCAAACUUGAUGGCAUCCUCGCAGUUUGCAGCUGGAGGUGCCUUACUCAGUCUCAAUCCAGGGACACUAGGCGGUGCUCUCAGCCCAGCGCUGAUGAGCAACAGUACACUGGCAACUAUUCAAGCUCUUGCAUCUGGUGGAUCUCUUCCAAUAACAUCACUGGAUGCGACUGGGAACUUGGUAUUUGCCAAUGCUGGAGGUACGCCCAACAUAGUAACUGCCCCACUGUUCCUGAACCCUCAGAACCUUUCACUCCUCACCAGCAACCCUGUUAGUUUGGUCUCUGCAGCUGCAGCCUCCGCAGGGGCCUCUGGACCAAUUGCCAGCCUUCAUGCCACCUCCACCUCAGCAGAGUCUAUCCAGAACUCUCUCUUCACAGUGGCCUCAGCCAGCGGGGCUGCCUCCACCACCACUACUGCCUCCAAGGCGCAGUGAGUUCGGCUGAGCUGUGCUACCCCUGGCUUAUUUCACUCUGCAGUGGGAUUGGCUACUAGCUGGGUUUAGAAACUGCAAGAUGUGAAAGGCUUCUUCUCACCAUGUUGCUGGGGACAAGGAGAGAAGGAAAAAUAGGGGAGAAAACUGGGGGAAAACAACAAGAAGAAGGAUUUAAAACUGGGACAAACAUUUGCCUAAUUUUAUAAUAAACACUGUUUUCAGGAUUGCUUCAUUGAUUGGAGAACUUUCUAACCAAAAAUGUAAAAAAAGAAAAAAACAGAAAAGGACUACUUAUCAUUUCCAGCAGUCUCAAUGACAAGUUAAGGUGGGUUAUCAACUCAAACAUAGAAACGGGAUUUCUUCUUUCUUUUUGAUUGAAAUAUCUUUUUUUAAUUAUCAUUUAUUGGUCUGUUGUACAGGCCGUAAUGUCAUACAAGGUGUUUAUAAUCGUAUCAAUCGUGUUGGGGGUUCCUUUCUUAACUGGUACAAUUUAGGCAGGCCUGUAUUACUGAUGUAUCUCUUUAUGAUUAUUAUUAUUAUUUUUAUAUAUAUAUAUAUAGUUCGGACACAUUUGUCUGCUCCUGGAACAAUUUCAGUGAGCUCCCAUGCCACACAGAGUGAAGAAAGAAGGAAGGGGAGCAUGUGAAUUGCGAAUGUUCUUUACAGUUUCCUUUUCCUUGGUGGUAUGUUUUUGGGGGAUUCUCUCAGAGAAGUUGGUGGCUAAGUGAACAUGUAGAGGGUAAUGUGCAAAGAUAGUCCAUGCUUGUGAGAUGAGAGUUCGGACAGCAGUUUUCUCAGCCUAUUUGGGCCAUAUCUAGCUCUCAUUUGCACGUCUUUGGCUCCUGUUGAUGCCAAGAGAGGAAGGAUUUGGCCUGUAGAGUCUGUCCUCAGCACUUGUGCUGGUGGCUCUUUUAUCUCAUAAUUACAUGGAAAUUGCCACUUUACAACUUUGAGAAUAUUUCUGUUAUUUACUUUCUCAGGAGGCUGCCUGUAUUGGUAAUAACCCAUAUGCACCUGUUGAACCUUCCUACUGGCUGUUUGGCAUAGGAUUCCAAAAGCUGCAUUAGCUCAUCUCUAAGAACAUACUUUUCCUGGUGUUUCCAGUCUGAUUGUAUUGAAAAUGUUUUCAACUUAAAGCAUUUGUGUUCAGGAAGUAAACCAGGUGAUGUGAGCAGGAAGUACUGUUUUAUGCCAACACAGCCAUAAGAAAGCAGCUUUGCAUUCUUGCUCUACUCUAUAAACAGUUAUAAUGUUCUUUAACACUGUUUGCUGCACUGGAAAAAAAAGUAAGGAAUAAUCAGAAAACUGGCCAGCCUGCUGUGGAAUAUGGUGAACAUUGGCAUGCUGCAUGAACCUUGCAGUAUUUCAUGCUGUCUCUGACUGCUACUGCUAGCGAAAUCAUUUAUGGCAGUAAACACCUCUAAUAGAGAGGGGGGGAACUGUUUCCAAGCAAUCUGACAAAUGGUAUGUGCAAACAGCUGCUGACAGUGGAUAUGAGAGAGAUGGAAGAAACAUCUUAAAUGUUAGAAUAGUCUUAACCUGAAUAUUCUCAUCCAAGAAGAGAUUGGAUCACAGCAAUGUGUUUGGGAGUCUCCUGUCCUUUUGAAGUGAAUUGGGAAAUAUGUUCAGGAAGGAAGAGCUGCCCAAUGCUUCUCAGCAAGGCUAGGGAGGAGGGCAUUCCAAACUUCAUAUAAUUGAAAUUUGUUUCCUAUCAAAGCAGUCUUGGUAUCAGAAAAGGCAGCAACUAUACUGUCAAUACCUUCUCUGCUUGGUGACAGCAAUUCACAGGCACUGCAUUUAUUGUCAGAUGGCAGAAAUCAUUGUCUCCUCUCCACAUGUCAUCAUGCUGUUUGCUCUCUAUUCAUCUCUGAAUCUCCAACUUCCUGUUUCACGAGCUAUUUAAAAAUAAUGAAUUCUUUUUUAAAACUUUAAAAACUUGUGAGCUGCAAGCAGGGAAAUGAGCAAAUGUCCGUCCGCCGUCUUUAAUGUGUGUUUAAUUUUUUUAUGUUUUAUUUUUUUAAACUAAGCUUGAACCAAAGUCAAUUUCUAGCAAGCUGCUGUACUAAUGGACUAGUUUGUAUAAGUGCAGUUCAGAUGCAGAGAGGUGAUAGAUGCUACUGACAAUUUCUUUUCAUUUUUUAUUUUAUAUUAAAAUUGCUGCUUGUUUUAAUCUUUUUGGUGGGGGAGUGGGAUGGUCUUUUGUAUAUCCUUUGGGGCAGACAAACUUAACUUGAUUGUUAUCUAAUUUCCAUGGUUUGGUGUGUAAAUAGAAUGGCAAUGGCAGAUGGUUACUAAUCCAGCUGAUCCUAAAUUCUCUUUAGCAAUUUGAUUCAACCCAAGUACUGUGUUGUGACUGUCUCCAUGAUCUCAUUCUUAGCAUACAGUUAUAAAGCUGAGAAUAAUACUUUGUGUUAUGAUUUCAUGGCCAUGGAAACAGCUUGGAGCAGUUGAAUGUGUGAAAAGAUGGCAGAGAAAAAACAGGUACCUGCUAUGUAGGUCUAGAGACCAGAGUAUUGACUAGUUUCUACCAAAGGAAAUAUCAGUCCCAUGUAUUUUUGCUGUUUGAGGGAAACAAGAUCUUAUUAUGCAUACACACACACUUUAAGAAAGGAAAUGGUAGUGAUUUCUGAACUAUGAUGUUUAUCUGUGGUUUUCAGACACCAAGGAGGUCCUUUAUGUUUAUGUACACAGAGAUAUAGGGGUUGAACAGACAGCCCAGAUGAGGUGGCUCGAAGCCGCCUCUGACAAAGACGAAUUGAGGCCGCAGCAAGCACACAGCCCCAAUCCAGCCAGAAUCCGUCCCAAAUAGGAGCGGCAAAGAGCCGCUCCAAUUUUGGGCAGAUUGAAGCAGCCCCACCACAGCUUCAGCUGACUUCCAGCCAGCUUGAGGGUGUAUGACAUCUAAACACCAUGUCCCCAAGUCUCCCAGAAGCCACCUGGGAUGUAAUCACCAAUACGACUUCCAGGCAACUUGGAAGCAUGGCACGUGUAAACACCAUGCCCCCAAGCUGGCUUGAAGCCAGCUGAAGUUGCUGGUCUGUUCCGGCCCAGAGAGAGAGAACAUGGCCCUUUCAAUCAACACAAAACAUCUCUCCAGAUUUCAGAGAUGUUGUGUGUCCAGUUGGCUGGGAAGAGUUUCUCUUAUUCACUGCUUGCUGUUGGAGGGUUUCACAAAUAGCUAUAUGGACACUAAUGUAUCUCAGAUGGAUGGCUAUAAAAAGUUGAACUGUUCUGUUUCAAUAAUGCAAUUCAUGUAUUGGUGUGAGCACCUUUAACCUUGUUUCCCCUUAUGACUAUGUCCAAAGAUGACUAAAUGUCUUUGUGGUCAUCAUAGCAACCUCAUUUAUGAAAGUGGAGGCUCACUCUCACACAGAGACACAUGUACGCACCCUGUAUAACUAGAAUGUUUUGGUUAUUUAUAUUUCACAAUGUUGUAUGUUUCAAACUUAGCACAUUUCAUGCCCUAUCAUUAGACUGAUUGUACCUUCCUGCUUACAACAGAGAUAUCAGGGUCUUAAAGGCCAUUGUUAUUUCUUGUUGACCAUGGCCAUAUAUAUAACUGUACAUGCCAAUAUACACAGAGAGAGAGAUGGAUAAUCAGUUUCUGUUAUGAUAUAGUAAAUUUAAUUUAAUUAUACCUUCAGCAAAAGAUUGGAUCUGGAGAGUUGGAGAAUCUGUCCAAGAAUCGGAUAGUUACAAUACAUUUCUAUUAUUGUAAAGUUAAUAGCAACUCAUGAAUUUCCGAUAAGUAACAGCAGUUUUCUUUCAGUCAUUACAAAGUGCAGUUUCUGUAAUCCAAAACACUGUAUGGCAUAUGUGUCUAAUGUUCAGGAGUGUCCACUUCUCCUUAAUUUUAGUAGUUGAACAAAUUAUUAUAUAUUAUCUCAGUAUUUUGGAAAAUGUUCAAUUAAGUUUAUUACCAUUGUUAGGAUUUUCAUGCAUUGGUUAUUCAGUUGUCAUACCCAUUUCGUACACUCAGUUUUGUUUCAUGAAGCAUUUCCUUUCAUGAAUAGAGAACGUUCAAUGAAUGUUUUAAUGUACACUUUAAGCAUGCUUAGGGCUCAUAGGACAGUAUCUGCCAUGGUAGGCAGGGACCUUUUAAUAGUUCCAUGGUCUCAUAGUGUGUUCCCAAUCUCUUCUCCGUGUUUAGGGGCUUGGGAACAUUACAUCUGUAUCAACCCAAAGACCUUGCCCAACUGCUUUAUACUGACAUACUGUUUAUGUGGAUUAUCAAAAUCUUCAUGCAUGACUCUGUAUACAUGGUAUAGGAUAACAUACCUGUGAAAAAACACAGGCUUCAGUGCUAUAAAUGUGGGCUGUACUGAUUACUUGCAGUGCACAUAAGAAGACCUUAUCUCUUCUGUUAAUACAUGAGACAGUCCUAAACAUUGAAUCUGCUCUUAUUUUGUGCUUCAGUUGCCAAGAAAAAAAAACACUUAUGGCCAGAAUAGAUAGGUUCAUUACAAUAUUUUAAAUGUUAUUUUGAGAGUGAUCUCAGAUACUUUUACUGCACAGUUCAACCAAAGGUGGUGUCUGUUGACUGAAGUUGUAAGAAGAAUAGAAGGGAACAGAUUAAUGAAUUUCCAGUGCCAGAAGCCAGGCUUAAUGAGCCCAUCAAUGCCUUAUCCUUAUCCAGUGUCCUGUUUCACUUUAUUAUGUAAAAAAUAUUAGUUGAUAGAAUUAUAUCAUUCAUUAACUGGGUUGAGCUGUUUUUUUGUUGCUCAUUCUAAAAAUAAGAGCAAUAUAGGCUGCCUGUAAUAAGAUACAUCCUGUAUUUCAUUCACUACCACACUUAGAUUUUAAAAAACACCACAUCUAAUACAUUAGUUUUUGUUUUUUUUUAAUUUUAUUUUCAAUCCAAAUCCCGAGUUGUAGUUUGAAGUUUUCAUUCAGUGAGUAUAUAUUGGGUUGAACACCAUCCUAAAGUAAGACUGGCUGUGGUGCAGUGCUUGACUCUUGCCAUGAGAAUUCAUGUAGCUUUUGCAUGAGACUUGAUGAGCAGGAGCCAAUAGAAAUUUAAUGCUUUACUCACUAUGAUCAUGAGUCCACAUUAAAAAUGCACCUGUUAAUACUGAAAUACUAUAUAGAACAGAAAUGAGAGUGCAAGCACCAAGAGAAAACAUAGUCAUUUUUGCUGGCAAGUAGUGAACUCCAGGAAAAAUCUACUGAAGCCUUGUUUUAGGUUAAUCAUACUCUAGAUGGUUCCUCUGUGAAGCAAUGCAGAUACUCCUGUGAAAGCAUUUGUUACAAUGAAUACAUUUCCCCUGUUGCUUUUGGAGCCAUAUAAUAGUAGCACCUGUAUUUACUAUCUAAAUUACUUCAUUGAUGAUGCAGUUGGAUAAGUAUUUUGCUAUGUAAAAUUAAUAACAAUCUCUGUUAAUGAUUAUAUUUUUCAGUUAAAUCAAAAGUGCUUGGUUUUGUACUACAAUAGCAGUGCAUAUUUAGAAAAAUUCAUAAUCUACCAAAUCCAUAUUGGUGGUGAUCUUUUAUCAGGAAAGAACAUCCCACAUAGGAGUAGAACACUCCCCUCACCCCAGAACAGUUGAUCUUUUUAUCUUGGACAUUAAGAGUAUGUUUAUGCUAAGUCUGUAUGUGCCUACUUCUAAAAAGUAUGUGCACUUUUUAGAAUAUGAAUUCUAAAAUAUUCUAGAAUUCAUGCAUUUGUGUACGUGUGAACAGUUCUGGACAAAACACUACCAAAGGAGAAAUCAAGGUGGCUGAUGAUAGUUAUGCAUCCCUAUCUUCUCAGGACUUGUUGGCCAAUUUUUUGCAAAUUACAUUUCUAAAGUUUUUAAAGCAAUACACACUUCGAAACAGUCAUCUGCAUAGUUUCUAUGCAGUGAGUGAGCCAAAUUUAACUUAUCAGUACAGAUUUUUUUGUUGUUGUUGGCUUAAAUAAUGAAAGUUGGAUCAUAUUCCUGAGCAUCUUGACUGUAUAUUGAAGUCCAUGAGCUAUGUUAACAGUUUUUGGAGGGUGUGGAGGGGUUAAUGCACACGGAGCUUUUGCUAAUUCAUCUCUUUAUCUAUAUUCAUCCUACUUCAUUGUGGAUUGCAGAAUGGCUUACUAUCUAGUUUGUAAACAUUCACCUUUUUGUUCUCUUCUACCCUUUUUUCCUACAUAUCCAAUAUUACACAGAUUUAAUCAUAAGACAUUUGUGAUCCAAAGAUAAGUGAAAACAUGAAAUCUAUUUUCUGUUUUUAGCUUGCAUAAGGAGCUUUCCAACGCUUACACUGUGAAAGAGUGUUUGGUUUAUGCUAGAGAAGGAUAUCUAAACAGAUAAAGAGAACUUGAGCUGCAGUUGACCUAGCCUUGAUUUGUUUCCGAAUCUAUAUUCACAAUUUUUGAAUCGGUUGCAAUAUAUUUAAUGUAACUUCAUUCUACACAGAUUAGUACUAGGUUUUUAUCCCUGCUGAAACUAAGUGCAGGGAAAAAUGAGAGCUGCUUCAUACAUUGCAAUUUUCCUACAUGGAAUCAUCUCCCAUUUUGGAAACAAUUCCUUAUGUGCAUUGUAUUGUUUAUUUGAUGAGUACAGACUACUCUCAUACAGAGUGAAAAGAGAUAAUUGCAGUGAUUGAAAUGACCCUUAAUUCACAAUGGAAAUAAAGCAGCUUUAUUCUUCAGAGAAAGGAAGACCCUGUUCAAACUGCCUGCCAUUGCUGUUCCUGAUAUGUUUCGAUCUUCAUCCAAAUAUAUGGAAUUCAUGUUAAGGUGAAUAUUGAUAUCACACUUGCCAUAGGGUUUGUUUGUUUUUUUAACCAUAUGGAACAAAAUGGAGGCUUUUCCACUGGAAAAAAAUGGAGUCUUAUUUCAUCCCUUCUCAUCAGGAUGUCUGUAAGCAAGCAGUGCUACAGAGUUAUAGGAACAGUGCCCUUUGGUAGCAGCUGACUUUGUGGCACCUUUUAAAAAAAAUAUACCUCAACAUAGCUUUAGUAUUGUUUGCAGAAUGGAAAAUCAGGAGAGAGGAACUUUAUAAAUAGUGGAGGUAAUUCUAGUUGUAGACUUUAGAUGAACUGUCUGAAGCCCUAAUUAUAUGUAUUUGCAAUUCUAUGUUUAAGUUGCAUCUGUAUAGGGUGGGUUGGGGAAUGGGAAGCAGAGAGACUUGGCUGUGCUAUAAGGCAGAUAUUGCUCACACCUUCAUUUUUUCUUUUUCUUACCAAAGGAAACAACCUAUUACGCCUGCAUCUGGAAUACUUUGGUUGUUACUUGUUGUCAGCAUACAACAUAAAGUGUGGGUUACAAGUUUGAGUUGCUGUAUUGCUUCUAGGUUCUUCUAGUGUGCAUAAACUCUGUCUCCCUGUAUGCUGUUGGCAAAUAAGGGUCUUGGGGAAAAAUGUAAAUACUGAGCUACCUUUGAGUAGUUGGGGGUGUUCUUAUAAGGAUAUAAAUUAGCGACCCAUUUCAUGCACUACGGCUGUUGUUGAGCCAAGGCAGUUAAUUUUGAAGCAGACUGAUUAUGGUUUGCAUCUUCACUGAACUGGGAGUACAAAGUGAAAUGGUUCCUUUUAUUCCUUCUUGUCUUGUUACUGAAUGUAGUGCUCAAAAAUAGGUGGAAAGUCUUUUUAAAAAUACUUCCUUUUUGUACUAGCAAUGCUUAUACUGUCUAGACCAAAAAUUGCAGAAAAGAAACCAAACUGAACGCUAAUCUGCUCCUAGUACCUGAAUAUAAUAUACCUGUAAAGAGAUGAAGAUCUAGUGAAGACAGUCUUCAGGAGAAAGAAGGAUAUCUUUUUGAGUCAUUUGUACUUUUAAUUUUAGUGAGAGAGUGGGUAUUUUUUUUCCUUCUUCACAGCACAUGAUUUGGAUUUGUGGCAGAAUUACUGUGAGAAUUCUGUCUCUUUCCAUCCUGACUCUAGAGCAUCCCUACAGAGUCCGCCAAGGAAAAAUGGGUGUGCUUGGGAGUUAUAUUUGGGGUGGUGGGUGGGAAUCAGAGCUUCAGCUGGAGGGGGAAAUUUCCAAUGGCUUUGAUGGGGGAACCAAAGGCACUGAUAAGUCUUUGUCAGCUCUGCUGUUUUCAGAGUGUCCUAAGAGGAAAAGCUGAGUGGUCAUAGAGCUUUGGAUUGAUGGCUCUUUAGUACGAGGAACUUGUCUCAUGUUGGUUUUCCUGCCUUCUUUCAGCACAGGGUUGAUUUGCGUAUUUUUUUUUUAAAAAACUGAGGACAUUUUGAAAGCAAAUACUGUUCAAAACAUAACCUAAGAUCACAGGUUAGUGCUUGGAAGUGAGGAAAAUCUACUUCUAUUCCUAAAUGUAAAACAGAAAUGUCCUCUGUUUUGAAUCUGCUCAGAUGCCCUGUGUGAUGUGUUUCUGGUCUCACAAUGGGAAACCUUUAUUUACUCCCCGGAAUAACAUUGAGCAUGGUCAUAUAACAUAUUCUUGGGUUGAUGAAUUUCAACAGUCAAGUCUAACAUGCUCACAUAUAAAAAAAAAAAAAAAGGGAGAGGGUCAAUAUAUAUAUUAGUUGUCCAGCUACUCUUCUGGAAAUCAGCUGGGUUGCAGAACUUUACUGAAAGCUUUACUAAUAGACUUGUUGUUCUGACAUUAUGUAAAGUGGUAUUAAUAUUGUGUGACUUUUCUAAGAGCUAGAUAGAUUUAUAGAUAAGUAAUAGGGAAAUGGAAAAUGACUUCUCAAAGAUUAAGAGCACUUGGAACAAAAGAUGUGGAAAACAAGGUGUGCUUUUUAAAGAGAACAAAUUUGAGGAAGGAAAUGAAACAACUGCGUAGUAGAUGGAAUCGUGAAGAAAGAGCUGUGAUACAAGGAGAGCUGGAAUGCUUCCCCUUUUCUGCCUUAUCGCCCCUCUUCCCUCAGGCCACAUCAAUCCAACAGUCUGUUAUGGACUGUUCCUCUAAAUGUUUAUAGAUUCUGAUAUGCCUCCUUCCUUCUUAUCAAAAAUUUUACCAGCUUUUUACUAUAUAGAAUCUGCCAAAACAAGAGCCUUCCAGAACAAUUCCUAGUGGAACUACAUACAACCUAUCAGAAGACUUUGAGUGUAUAUGAUGAAGGGUACUGGGGACAAGUACAACAAGGAAACCUAGUAUUUUUUUUUUUUCAGAAUGCAGUUUACAUCAAAUUAAGAUUUUUGUUGAGCAGACAAAAUUGUCAGUGGCCUUGGCAAAAGGCGUUUUGGUGGUGAAAAAUCUAACAGUUGUCCCAUUUAAUGGUCUGUUUUCUGUUGUUUCUUUAUAUGAACUGAAUAGAGAAUUCUGUUCACAUUAUAUAAUGUAUGUACUGACCCAUAGAUCAGUUUGGUUAAUUCUGGAACUCUUUGAACGAAGAUUGGGCCUUUCUCUAAAAUCCUGGAGGUAAGAGGUCAGGUGCAGAAUACAUUUUAAAACAUCAUGGAACUCUGCUGCUCUCCUGGUUCCACCAUACUGCUGUUCCAUUUCCUUCUUCUAUGAUAGUAGCUAAGGCUAGGUGUGAGUAGUUGUUUGUCCAUCACAGGUACGGGAGCUGUUGUAUACCUCAUUUCUAACUCGUAACUGAGUAACUUGCUUUAACUUUCUCCAAACCCUACAGAGUUGCCAAGUCUGCCCUCUCUCCCUUGAUUAACGUUGAACUCUGGCCUAUAGCAUCCCGUGACCUGCAACCUGAGAAGAUACCCCUAAAGCCUCUGAAUGUCGCUGCUUAAAAGCUACUGCAAACUGAGGGCAAAUUGCAAUCUUUUUAUUUCUUUUGGUUACCAGGGGUCCUCUUGUAGUUUGUGAAUAUCCACCCCCAUCCCUUAUCUGUGCAUGAAAUUUAUAUGCUGCCUUCUCCUUCCCCCUGGUGAGAUGUCAGGGCUAUAAUGUAUUCCAGGGCCAAGGCAGGACCCUGAGGGCUCCUCGCAACCAAGUGCUGCAUGCCUAUUGCUCACUACAUUUUAUUUUGUCUUGCUCCCCUUGUGUUUGACUUUUUCCCUUUAUUAUUUGACAAUCUUCUUCUUCCCCGCUCUAGGCUAACCAGAAGCUGCAUUCCUGUUCUUUCAACCAUUUUUUACUUUGAAUGUAGUUUCCCACCCCUUCGGAAAGAGAAGCUUUGCCAGGUCACGGUGCACUGCUAUAUGCUGAGGGGGACGGUUUCUUUGUUUUGUUUUGUUCUUUUAAAAAUUUCCAGCCAAAACCAAAGAUUUCCUAAUGAUUGUAUAAACUCAAAACAAACAAACAAACCAAAGACAAAGGGGCGUCUUCAGCACCAAUGACAUCUGGUAAACCAGCCCUUGUGGUUGUGUUAAGAGGUAAAUCCCAGUUCAGUUGUUCCCUCCCAGUCCUGGAUGGCUUGGUCCACAACUGUGUGGACUCGGAUUCAGCAAGGUAACAUUCAUCCCAUACUGUGUUAACUUUUGGGGGAACAGCUUGAAUUCCGCAGAUCCAAAGGACACACACAUCCAUUGGGAGGAGCAAAUUGGUGGGACACCUUCCACAGAGUGAUUGUGAUGCUGAAGACAUUGGUGCAUGAUUGGCUGCUCUGAUGGGUGCUUUUUAACCUUUUGGGAGCUGGGUGAUAAUGAUUAAUACAUGCUGAGGUGCACUUCCGAGCUUCCCCUCUCCCCCCCCCCGCCAGUGCUUGGAAGAGGCUGUCCUGUUGUGGAAAAUCACUGAAAAAAGUUUUGUUUCUCCUCUUCUUUUUUGUUCAUUAAUUAUUUUUGCAGCACCACUGUGCAACUAUGCAUUGUAUUUCUCAACCUUUUGUGCUAGGUAGAUGCCUAUGACUUUUUAAACUUGGGGGAGGGGGGGUUGCCAAUGAAGGAACUUUUUACAUGUAUCUUUUAACUCUCAGUUGAUUAGGGGGUGUUUGGUUCUAGGGUCAUACAAGCUCUAUCCCAAAGCAAAAUCCAAAUGUUAAUAAUAUUAGCCUGAUGCAGAUACCAAAGAUAAUUUCUUUCCUGCAGAACCUUAGACUUGUGUAUUAAGUACAAUUACCCAGCACUUGCAUUAGUCUAACCUCAGUAAUUCCAAAGCUUAGAUGUAUAUUUUGGUAUAUUUCUGGGAUAUUAAAAAAAUGUCGUUUAAAUUCUUGUUUGUUUCAAUGUAAUGCUCUUAAAGUCAUAGCAUGGAGAUAACUGAAUUGUCUUAUUCUUAGUAGUUUGAAAUAAUAGUAUUUUUGUAUGUUUUGGGUGUGUCUAUGUAUGUAUUAACACAACAGUUUUCACUGCCUAGGUGUUCAUAAUUGAAGAAAAAUGUACAUAAUCUGUAAUUUUCACCAGAUUGUCAAUUUAGAUUUCAUUUUCUCUGAUUGCCGUUCCCAACGGGGAGACCUUUAUCCCUUUUUAAAGAGGCAGCAUGUUUAUAAAGGGGAAAGUAUACUCUUACCCUUCCAAGAAAUUGCCCUCUCGUUUCCAAAGGUAAAGCAAGAAGCAAAGCAAAUGUCCUCAAUAAAAAUGAAUAUGGUCUUAAACUUUGAAUUUGUGCUGUUUGUUUUUAAUAGAAAGGCAUGUUGUCAGCAAAACUGAUUUUGAAAAUCACAUUCCCUUGCCCUUGGAAAAAAAUGAAUUUGCAGUCUUGAUAUUGAUUAUAGGGCUUGUCAAUGAUCAUUAAAUUAGCUUCCUUCUUGCUCAGAUCCUUUUUAUGUAAAUCAUCUGUACAGCUUAAUUCACCUUCACAUUUUGUAAUUGUGGUACAUAUAUUAAGAUAAGGUGCAUUCUUACUUAAUUUUGAAUUUAAGAACUUUAAAGCCCUAUUUUGAAAACUGAUGAAUCUCCAAAAAGGAGAUCAAAAGGAUGCUGUCUCUUUAAAAGAUACUUUCUAUUUUCUCCCCUAGUGGCUGCCUGAAGGUGGCUGUGGGCAUUGAGAGACUGUAGAUUACAGUGAAUCAGGAUGAAAUGGUAGAUUUUGUGUAGAUGCAUUUGUCUGCUGUAAUUUUUAUAUAUAUAUAUAUAUAAAACUUACUGUAACUGUACAGUUCAUUUCUGUUGUAAACAUCAUUAAACCAUUUUUCCAAGUGUUUUAACAUG